AUGAAGGCAGCAAUCUUCACCACCACGCUUCUUACCGCUGUCGGAGCAACGGCUACGGUCCCAUGCACCGGCACCACCACUCUGAGGGAGGAGGCGGCCAAGAAAAACAUUCUGUUUGGGUCCGGGAUGAUAAAUCCUCAUUGGCUCAAUGAGACCAUGUUCGCGGCUGUCCUUGCAGAGCAGUUCAACAGCCUCUCACCCGAAAAUGAAUUGAAAUGGUCGUUUAUCCACCCGACCAAAGAUACCUAUAACUGGGAAUCCAUCGACCGCCUAGUCAGCUUCGCGGAACAGCACAACAUGGCGAUGAAAGGGCAUGGGUUCAUCUCGAACUGCUGUACUCCCGACUAUCUUCUCAACAUAACUGAUCCCUCGGCUUUUCGCGCCGAAAUGGCAGCUCACUUCAAGGCAGUCCUAGAGCGGUACGCUGGCAAGAUUGAUCGUUGGGAUGUCGUCGCCGAAGCUCUCAAAACCAAUGGCGGCGGCCUGCAGACCAACAAUGACUUUUAUAAAGUACUUGGUCCCAGCUAUAUCGAAGAUGCCUUUCGCAUGGCCCGGGCAGCGUCCCCAGAUGCUAAGCUACUCCUCAACGAGAAUCUUGUCGAAUCAAACCCCGCCAAGCGGCAGGAACUCUACGACCUGGUCUCCGGCCUCGUGGCGAACGGGGUCCCCAUUGAUGGAGUCGCCCUUCAAAUGCACAUCACCGAAGUGCUCCCGGAAGCGGGCGUGAUUACAGACAUGGUCAAUUCCUACAAGGCUCUCGGACUGGAAGUCACAAUCGCUGAAAUGGAUGUACACACUCUCGACUCGACAAAGCAGGCCGUCAUCUACGGCGCUGUCAUUGACGAGGCUCUUCACGCAGGAAUUACCGACAUUCACUUUUGGGGAUUUACAGAUGGGCACAACUACACCUGGGUACCCCACGCGGGGCCACUCAUGUUUGACAAGCAAUAUCACGCCAAGCCUGCGUUUUAUGCCACUCAUGACGCUUUAGCGAAGUUCGUAAAUGAACCUUAG